AUGGCCAGCGGCAAAGUGUGCACGUUCAGCUUUCCUGGUGCGUCCACACGGACGCUGCCCGGGGAAGUUGGCCGUUUACACCUGCACGCAACGGACUUCGUCGCCGUGUAUGUGGGCGGCAACGACCUAUAUGGCGGGGAUUCCGCGGAAGCUAUUUCUUCACGGAUCGAGGAGCUUGUGACCACCUUGAAAGGCCUGACGAGCCAUGUGCUCGUUUUCAAGUUGGUGCCUCGGGGUGGGCCUUUAGGGCAUGCCAGGGAGAGCGAGAGGCUGUCUCUGAACAGCCUCUUAGUACGGAAGUUGGUGGUCCUCGGUGUUACCAUCGUGAAUGUCGACCACCUGUUCCUCAGCCGAGGCAACGUGGUGAACCUUGAGAAGCUGGCCGUCGACCGAUACCAUGUGUGCCGCGUCCGUGGUAUUCAAUGUAUAGCAUUUGCACUCAGCAAGGCGCUCGCAAAACUUUUUGGACGUUCAAUCCUUGGUGGGUGCCGUGCCGCAUUCCGACGCUUCCGGGUUCACAGGUGUGGGAGAUGUGGAGCCUGCGGCCACUGGAGUGGUGCAUGUCUCCACUUUGCCGCACUCCAGCACUAGCUAAGUUAUCUCCGAAUUCACA